AUGGAGUUUGUGGACAAGAUGCUGACAGAGGCGGACUGCAUCAUUCUACGGGAGGAUAAGCUGCCACAGCAGCCUAACAAGGAGGACUGUGGGAUUUUUGUUUGUCAGUACCUCAAGACCCUGGUGAAUACCGACUUCACCACGGUUUUGAACGGCCUCUGGUUCCAGGGUGUGACACCGCACCAAUACAAGCGGGAGAUGUGGCGCGACUUGUGUGCACACGCGUGCGGAGAUCUUAUUAAACAGCUGGAGCACCUGGGGAUUGAAAUCCCCCCGCAGGACGAAGGCCGGGUUACCGAUGAGGGGGCAGUGGUGCAGGAGAGGAACGCUGCUAUGGGAGAGGGGAGGCAAGCUCCGGUCACUCGCCCUGUGGAGGACGCACGGGUUACGGAGAUGAUGAGGCGACUGGCGACGUUGAAUAACGAUGUGAGGUACCUGGACGCCAGCUUCACCGUACUCGCCAACUUUGUAGGGCUGAGGCGGGACGAGGUGGUGACAGUUGCAACCCAACUACUGCUGCAUGGGGGUCACGCGGGGACCGGCGCGAAAGCAGAGGCGGGUGGCACCAAGAAUGCUCCACGCACUCCACAGCGUCCGUCUGCACGUAAGAGGCGGGAUGACAGCAGUCCUGAGGAGGAUGGCGUGCGCAAUGCCACCCGGGUUGCGCUGGCCUCCACGUUCGCUGCAUGUGAGCCGACAUCGACCUUGCUGCAGAACCCGCACCUUGCGCAUGGGACCAUACCUCACUGGAUGUUCACGCGCGGGAUGCACCUGCUCGGGGCGGGUGUGCCAGCUGGAGCUGACGUGUGGGGAGACACGCGAGGGAAGGAGACGGUGAAGGCCGAAGAGGAGGAGGAUCUCGUGUCAGACACAGACGACGAGGAGGAUGAUGACGAAGCGUGUGCCUCCAGAUACACGGGUGUGAAGUUGGAUAAAGCAUCCGGCAAGUACGGCGUGAAGAUCCUGAUUAAGGAAGGUGGAAAGCGUAAGCAGCAGCGGCUGGGAGCGUACACCACGGAGGAAGAGGGGGCGUUCGCGUACGCCGCAGGUGCGUUCGUGCUGAGGCCACGUGACAAGAUACCCAACACGGUCAGCCUGUCAGCCGCAGAGAAGGCGAUGCUGCGUGGUUGCACCAAAGAAGAUUUGCAGAUCCUGGUGGAAGCGCGGAAGUGGUGGAGGUGGAGGAGCUGGCGGGAGGCGCUGGAUAGCGUGAGCAGCAAGCUUAAACGUGGCAGGAAGCGUGGGGGUGCCACAGGUACAUCAAAGAGGCACAGGGUGGUGGAUAGCAACACCAUGGCUACCAACGAACCAGAGGUCCCCGACAAUGCGGAGAGUGGGGGGACGGCCCCUGUGAGCGAGCAGGGCGGGGGUGCAAAGAACAAAGAGCAGGAAGAGCGAGGGGAAGACACUGGUGCACAUGAGAACACGUCAGGCCCUGCUGCAUAG